GUCCUAGAUAUAUGAGAAGAGUAUUUGGUCAUGUCUUGGACGAUUAUUAUUGAAAACCCGCUCAAUUAUGAGUUGAUCUAAACAAUAUCCUCGCCUUAAUCAUCUGACCAAAUGACCAAUGAGAAACCUAGUGUUGUGACUUCCGCUGUACUUUUAUUCCAGAAUUAUGUAAAUUUAUUCGUUCAGCUUUUUUUGUUUCGUAAUCCAUUGCACGUGUCGAGAAACUCAGAGUAGCUACUGAGUGAAUCUAUAACUUAGAUCGACAAUCUAUCGAUUGAUCUAUCUCAAACAGGAGAUUAUAAACUUACGUAAAGUUCCAACACAAAAACCAUCAAUUUUGUUUUCUGCGAGAUUUCAGCGUUAGAACUAUAGUUUCCAUUUCACAUUUUAUAUUCACUCGCGAUUUAUAUAUAAUGAAGAAUUUUAAAAUCCAGAUGCAUCAUCAAUAUUUAUUGUCUUUAUAUCAGACUAAAGGAAGAAGUUAUACAGAAUAGAUACUGCAAGAGAAUUUUCAUGAAGUAUUUCCUCCAAAUGAGUUUAUUAGCAACCCUUCUUUACUUCACUAACUGGUAUUUUUUGACUCUGCAUUCUAAUUAACUUAGACAAAUGUACAAAGGAAUUGGCAGCAUCAUUCCAAUAUUAGCAAAGAUAACAGUUGAUGUAUGGAAAUAUCUAAACACAAAAUUAUUAAUAUACUGUGGUGAGUAAAAACAAAUUAUGGAAAAUGAAUUGUGUGAGAACCAAAUUGAAAAAAAAAGGAUGGAUUUUUCAGAUGGGAUGCUGAAAGAGGAAGAGAAAACAUUAUACGAUUGUGAUAUCUGUAAAAAGUCUUUCUCUCAAAGAGGUCACCUAACUGCUCAUAAACAUAUUCAUACAGGAGAAAAACCUCAUCACUGUGAUUUCUGUGGUAAAUCAUUCUCUCGAAAUGGUGAUUUAAAUAAACACAGACGUAUUCAUACAGGAGAGAAACCAUAUCACUGUGAUAUCUGUGGGAAAUCAUUUUCUGUAACAAGCCACUUAAUUACUCACAAAUAUAAUCAUACAGGUGAGAAGCCAUAUAAUUGUGAUAUCUGUGAUAAAUCAUUCUCUCAAAGACAUAUUUUAAAUAGACACAAAUAUAUUCAUACAGGAGAAAAGACAUAUCAGUGUGAUAUCUGCUGUAAAUCAUUCUCUUUAAGUGUCCAGCAGGAUUAUCUUGGUCUGUUCCUUUCUGUGCUGGUUGUCAAUGACGUUAGCCAAUCAGUCUGCUCACCCUUCAGUGCCUUGUAUCUGGAUGAUGCAGCUAAAUCUGUAGUUAGGGACCUUCAACAGGUUAUUCCCUACCUAAAGCUUAUUGGGCUUGAGAUCAACCCAUCCCAGUCAGAAGUGAUUAAUUUGUUGAGAGCACUUAUGAAAGAUGACUUCCAGGAUGGAUUCCAAAAGUGGCAGGAAUGCUGGGAUUGGUGUAUUGUUGCACAAGAUGACUGUUUCGAAGCAGAUGAUGUUAAAGCCCAAUUAGAAUGCAAAAUCAUCUUGUUCACAAAAGUGAAGCAGAGACAUUUUGCUAGUCGUAAAUGUCAUGAGGAAAUGUUUGAUAGUAAGUCUGCCAAAGAAAAGGCAGGAGUUACAUCUGUUCUGUAA